ACACCAGCCAGCCCCCUGGGUUACGAGCGCCGGGGGAAGACGCUGAAAGCUCUGCUGCUACUGCUGCCGCCGCCCACGUGCUUUCGCCCUGGACCACCCAGCGCGCCGCACCUCCCACUCUCUCACCCGAUUGGGCGAUGGGUCGCUUGGAACGUCGGGAGAGCUCGGCUGCCCUGGCCCAUCGCAGGCGGAGGGAACGUCCGAACUUUCCGAGCAUCGGAUCCCGGAUCCUUUGUGCGCUCCCACGAGACUCCAGCUGCAGCGCGCAGGACAGGAGGAAGUAGCCAUGGAAGCUGAGGGUGCUAUUGAGGGGCUCUGCGAGGAGGCGACAUGUUCCAUCUGCCUGGAGUACUUCAUAGACCCAGUUACAAUCGCUUGUGGGCACAACUUCUGCCAAGCCUGCUUUGACCAACUUUGGGAGGACCCCAAUGUAGACUCCUGCUGCCCUCAGUGUCGAGAGAGGAUCAAGCAAAGGAACUUCAGGCCAAACCGUCAGCUGGCAAAUAUGGUCGAGAUCGUCAGGAACUUCCAGGAAAGGAAAGGAUUGAAGAGAAAGUGGGAAGAGCCCCAGAGGCAGCAGGAGCCCCGGAAAUUAUUCUGGAGGGAUGAUCAGGCACCAGGGGGUGUGGUUUGGGACCGGUUGCACGCUGACCAGGGCCACACCGCGUCUUCUAUAAGCAAGAGCUCCGUAAAAUACAAGGCGCAGUUAGAAGCAGAGAAGCAGAAAAUCAGAUCCGCCUUCCAGAGAAUGCAGGUAUUUCUCCGUGCAAAACAGCGUCUCUGGCUAGGUGAGCUGGGAGAUCUGGAGAAAAAGAUUUGGAGGAGGGGUGAAGGAAACUUUGCCGAACUCUCUGGGGAGCUUUCCCGACUCAGAAACUUGAUCGUGGCGACGGAGGCGAGAAACGUGCAGCCAUCAUACCACGUCUUCCAGCCCCCGAGGGAAUCCCUCCAGGACAUCAGAAGAGCCUUAACGAGGUGUGAGAAGAAAGCAUCUGAGCACGAAUCGGACCUUUCUCACUGGUGGGACGAGACGCUCAAAAUAGCUGUGGAGAAAAGUUCUGCCCUGGAAAAGGCUACGGAGAAAUAUAAAGCGUCUCUGGAGCAAGUUCAAGACACAGCUCCUCUGAUGCAAGACCUUAACAAAGUGGAUGUCACCCUCGAUGCAAAUACCGCACACCCUUGCCUUACCGUCUCUGAGGAUUUGAAGAGUGUGUGGUGGGAGGUGGAGAAGAAGAGGAAGGGGGGAAAGAAGAAAAAGAAGAAGAGCAACAACAGAGGGGCGACGGGGAACCUCCCUGACAACCCAGAGAGAUUUAACGGGGAGCUCUGUGUGCUGGGCCAGGAGGGGUUCACGGCAGGGAAACAUUGGUGGGUGGUGGAGGUGGAAACCUGGGGGAGGGCAAUGUGGGCUGUGGGGGUCGCCCGAGACACCAUGAGGAGGAAAGGCGUUAUCUGCACCCAUACGAACGAAGGGGUGUGGGCGGUGGGGAGGUUUUCCCGCAGCCCAUCUAGGCCUUGCCAGUUCUUUGCUUUCACCUUCCCCACACCGACCCCUUUGGCCUUGGCGAAAGAACCCCAGAAGAUCCGCGUGUCCCUGGAUUACGAAAGGGGUCAGGUGCAGUUUUCUGACGCCGACACCGACGGUUUGAUUUUCACCUACCACACGGGGUCGUUCUCUGAGGAGAAGCUCCGGCCCUUUUUCCAAGUGAGGAGCUGUGGGACGGCUUUGAAGUGCUGGCCUCGGAGCCCCGCUGCCGUGAACGGAAAUGACAACGCCAGAACAGCGACGGGGAACCGGUGGUUCUUGGAUGAAGUUAGACUCCAACGCCCACCAGCUGCGGAAGCGUUCCACAUUGAUCAGGGGUGGUGGGAGUUCUGAACCUGCAACAUCAGAGAGGACCGCAGGUUUCCCCGUUCCAUUAACACGUUUAUGGUUUCAGAUAAUUUUUCUUGUCAGUUUCUUAACCUUAGUUAAGCCAAGGAGAGGGCCAUAGUCUAAACGGCAGGAUUUCCAGUUCCUCAUCGCAGAUCUUGGAAUAUUCCACCUGCAAAUGAUGUAGGCUGGUUUUAGAGUCUUCCUUGUGUACGUGUACCUUUGAAAUGAUCAUUUAUUCAGAUAAAAUAAAAAGAGGAACAGGCUCUUUGUGUUCCACAGAAUGAUUCAGUAGGUUGCUGUGUUGAGUCCCCACCUCAACCCCAUUUUUUGUGUGAUUUAUAGGCACAGGAACCCUGCCAGGAAAAAAAUGAACCCAGCAAGGCAAAAAUGUAUAAAAAAGAGAAUUCCUGUAUGCCGAGAAUCAUGUUUGGGGCAAGGACUCUUGGUGUCAGAACCCCAGCAGAGAUUUAAAGUAACAAAAUAUGCAGCAAAGUGAAAUGUGAAAAUAUAGGUUGUUAGACCUUGAAAAUACACCAUUCCAAAAUUUCCCUCUUCCUCCAGCCUAAGAAAAGGCCAGACGUUUGGCAAGUUAAAGAUUAGUUUACUUACAAACUCUUCAAAGGCCCAGUUCAUGUGCUUUUCCAACACCAGACAGGAAAGUUGCACAGGCAGUAAAACAAGUUAUAAAGUGGUGAGACUUCCUAGGUUAUUGGUACAGGAGUGGCUGGUGAGAGCCAUGUUGUGGAGCAGCCAGCUCAACCCUCUUCACAGCCUCAGUGGAGGUAGGCUGGAACACAACAGAAAGCUUGAUUACCUAUUUCCUCCUAAUAUGAGGGGACGUGACUGUGGUGAUCACACAGGGUCCCCAGACGUUUGACUGUCUAUUGAUCCCUGUGCCCCCUUUCCCGCUGCCACCAAACUGCUACUUUCGGGUACACACUGAGUCCAGACAGUUGUUAACAUUAGACCAAAUAAACAAGUUUAUUUUAUAAGCAUUAA